AUGAACGAUCGUCACGACGAUUCCGGGAGCGUCUUGCAUGCACUCGGUGCGUUUUUCGAGCAACCUAGCAGGCGACCCGCAGACGCUGACGAUCCAGGUUUUUUUAAAGAUCAUGACAGUGAUAAUCGCUCAAAGAAGGGUCAAAAGGACAAGGAUGCAGACUCUUCGUCGAAACUGAGCCAUGUUCCCUGCAAGUUCUAUCGAGUUGGGGCGUGUACGGCCGGAAAUAACUGUCCAUUCUCGCAUUCUGCCAUCGAUCGUGGAGGACCAAAGGAGACCUGCCAGUGGUUUAUCAAGGGAAACUGCAAGUUUGGCCAUAAAUGCGCGCUAGCACAUAUCCUUCCUGGCCAGCCCAUGGCGAUGGACAAGAAGAAUAAAAAGGCUGCUCAGCUCAGUAAUCAGGCAGCUGGAGCCCACGAUGGAUCCAAGGACGGCAAGAAUAAGCGAGGUCGCGGCGCGGCUAGUGGAGCGGCAAACGGUCAUCAGCGCAAUGAUUCGAGAGCAGAAAGAGGCUCCAAACCUGCGAGUAAUCUUACAGCGACGGCCCCAAUGAUCCCCUCGCCAGCUCAGGACGAUCCAUCCGUCGAGGCGGGACAUUCCCCUCCUCAGACUCUCGCAAAGGCGGGAACAAAUGAGCAGGAGCAUUUAAAUGAGACUAUUUCACAGCAACCAUCCGCCGCUCGACCUGCCAUGCCGACUCGCUUUUCGUCUGGUAGAAACACUUCGACAGACAUGGGCUAUGGCCCCAUCGGGUCUCCUCCAAACGCGAGUGCUAUGCGCGCUCCGUUUGUAUCCACAAACAACAAUGCCCAUUACGCUCCAGGGACGAGUCCCCCUCCCAACCCCCCAAAUGUCAUUCAUCCUUCAACAUCGCCUUUUGCCCAUGGAGAAGGCAAGCAGCACUUCUUUGGUGCAUACAACCGCAUGCAAGGUGAUAGAGGAGAGCAAAGCCCCAUUGCCAUUCAGCGAGCUGGCUGGCGCACCCAGGUGCCAGAACGCAAUGAAAACGCAGUGGCCUCCGACGACGAUGAUCUAGAAGAGUUUCUCCCUUCCUCUCUCAACGACCUCCUUACCCCCGAGGAGCGACAGCGGCGCCUCAGCCGAUCUGGAGGUACACGAGCCGGUUUGGGAUAUAUCGGAGAGAAUAGCGUCGGAAAUGUUGGUCUUGGAGGCGUGGGUAGUAUGAGUGCUAUGGGAAUGGGCAACCAUCGAUACUCCAGGUCUGUUCCAGCUGCACGGCUGUUAGAAGCUGCUAGUGUCUGGAAGGAAACGGACCGCGAACGGGAGAGGGACAAUGCUCUCCUGUCCGCUGCAUCCCUUUCCUUCCGAAGUACCGGCUUGGGUAGUGAGGGAUUCUCUCCAUCGCACGCCCAACUUGGUAUAUCCAACGCGUCGGGAGCCUUUUUACACGGCUUUUCCCGGACAACCAUGGCCAAUCCUGUGCCGGGUCUCACUCGUCAUGUGGUUUCUCAAUCAUACGAAGAGGCAGAUGUACUUGGGGCGGUCCCCACGCCGGCCACCAUCGCCGCGAGAGGGGGGAAUCGCUACGAGUCUUAUAACCUACAAACAAACACUCGUCACGCUCAACUAGGGGCUGACGCGCUUUCUCCGUCAGCACGAGCGCUGCAAUCCCAUGCACCAGGACAAAGUCUUCCUCAAGGACUUGCGGCUGGCUUAAGUCGUCUCCACCUUGGUGCCAACCCCCUCGGUGGUCAGCAGAUUGGAGCGAAGCAACCGAUACCAGGGAUGAGCAUGGGAAUGGGAAUGGGUUAUGGUGUAGGCGACAUCGCUCCAAAGUCCAACGUGCGCAGUCCAUUGCGAUCCCAGUUCACGUCUGCUUCACCGGAUCCGAGAUCUAUCAACUCCGCGGUCGAUUCGAUCGGGACGAAUCCCAUUAUUUCUGCUUCACCUGGCGGCCUCCACCUAGGCCGACCUUCAUGGGCACAGCAUUUACAGCACCAAAGCUCACCGGGAAAUAUGGCACAACCGGUGCCCACUCCCGUACCCACUGCUGUUCCAGCGGGCACAAAAACGGGUAACGACGCAGAGGAGGGUGUGUUCGCUCUGGACGAUUAG